AUGGAACGACUUGGCGAAGGUUCGUUUGCGAUCGUGAAACGAGCCAUUUGGACACGGAGUGAUGGCACGAAAGUGGACGUUGCGGUUAAAAUCCUACGAGACGCAACCGCGGAGGUGAUUGAAGAUUUGCAGACCGAAGUGAAUAACAUGCAAAAACUGCAACAUCCUUAUUUGAUACGUUUGUACGGAAUCGUUUUCUCAAAUCCCGCAAUGAUGGUAAUAUUCCGUUGUGUUCGGCCUAUUUUGUUGUUAUUUGAUUUCAUCAGAUGA